ACUCUAGAGCCGGAACUGACAGCAGACCCCUUUCUCCGACCCCACUAGAGCCGCCUUUCGCGAGCAGCCAUGGCUCUCGCAGACCAUUCCCUCGCCUCGCGUCGCGACCACGUCGCGAGAUCUCUAAGCGGCUUCUCUCUGCUUCGCGACGCCGCGCAUUCCGGUCACUCGAACCAAGUGCUCCCAUCCGGCACUGUCUGCGAUGAUAACAGUCGCGAUUCAAGCGGCCAAGGUGGCUCCAUUAGCGCCAGCGCAAUAGUCAGCAGCGGCAGCGCGUUGUUUCGAGACGGCGGGUCGUUGCAGUCCCACAUGGCCGCAGCACUGGCGAGUGGAAUGCGCGCUGCUGCGCCGCUAGCGGGGGCAUUCGGGCAGGCGGGGGGGUUGGGGCUCGGGGGGGGGUGGGGCGCGCGCAGCCCCCGCAGCAGCAAAGAAACCGCUCGGAGAAGUCCUCAAAGGCGGAGGAGCGGAGAAACGGGGAGCUGGGGAAUGGCGGAAGGAAGGGGGGAGGGGAAAAUGGCGGGCUGAAGAGAGAAGACUCGAAUUCCACUCAAGAUUCCUCGCCCUCCUCCCCUCCCUCCCUCUCCUCACUCUCUCCUUCCUCCUGGCUUCCACUCCCCCUCUCCUCCCAAACAUCUCCCUCUCCUGCCACGUCACCAGUACGACUCCUCACUCAGUUCAGACUCCUUUCGGGUAGCAAAAACUUUGGCCAAUCUGCCCGCACUGUUCAACCAAAUGACACUGUUCAUCCGGGCGGCUUCUGGGAGAGGCUAGCGCAGGGAGUCUGGUGGCCGGCAGGGGAGCAGACAGCAGAGGUGGAGUUGUCUGGAGU